AUGAAGGACCCGGAAUACGAAACCAAGGAUAGCGACACGGAGGAGGAGCCCGGCACUGAGAAGCAGCCCGAGCUGGCGGAUGAGGUCGGGUACCCCACGGGUCUGGCCUUGACAUUUAUCAUCGCUGCCCUGGUGCUCAGUAUCUUCCUGGUCUCCCUUGAUAUGACAAUGGUGCCCACGGCUAUCCCCAGUAUCACAGACGAGUUCCGGGGCCUGGAGGACGUGGCGUGGUACGGAUCUGCCUUCUUCAUGACCCUCGGCGGCUUCCAAUCGACCUGGGGCAAGGUGUUCAAGUAUUUUCCUCUCAAGGCCGGUUUCUUGAUUUCCAUCCUCAUCUUUGAAAUUGGCAAUCUCGUCUGCGGCGUGGCGCCCAACUCGACCGCUCUCAUCGUCGGACGCGCCAUUGCCGGUGUUGGUGCAGCCGGCAUGGGAUCUGGGGCCUACACCAUCAUGGCCUUCACGGUACCGCCCAAGAAACGGCCCAUCUUCACCAAUAUCCUUGGUACCGCGUACGGUGUUGCGGCGGUGGUCGGGCCUUUGAUCGGUGGCGUGGUUGCCGACCGCCUUACCUGGCGCUGGUGUUUCUACAUCAACCCCCCGAUCGGCUGUAUUUCCGGUCUCAUCAUCCUUUGCGCCUUUGCGGCCCCGAAGAGGGCCAAGCCCGUCGAUGCCCCGCUCAAGGAGAAGAUGCUGCAGAUGGACCCGGUCGGCAUCGUGCUGGUCAUGGGCGGGAUGAUUUCGUACACCCUGGCUCUCCAGUACGGCGGCCAGACGAUGGCGUGGAACGACAGAACCGUCCUCGGCCUCAGCGUCGGCUUCGUGGUGAUCGUUAUCGUCUUUGGCUUCUGGGAGUUUUACAACGGCGAGCGGUCCAUGAUCGUCCCGCGUCUCUUCGCCAACCGCGACGUCCGGGUAUCGGCCAUUUUCACCUUCCUCUUUGCGGGCUCCUAUUUCAUCGUCCUCUAUUACCUGCCCAUGUAUUUUCAGAGCGUCCACCCCUCAAGAGCGACUGAAUCGGGCAUGCACAACCUGCCGUUGAUCCUGUCCGUCGCCGUCUCAACCAUGGGCGCGAGCGGUCUCAUCUCGGCAACUGGUCUCGCCGCCCCGGUCGCCGUCGUCAGUGCGGUUCUAGCGACCGUCGCCUCUGGUCUGCUCUACACGCUCGAUAUCAGAACCUCGCCGGCCAAGGUGCUGGGCUACCAGAUCCUGGGAGGUCACGGAUGGGGCGCGGCGUUCCAGGUCCCUAUCGUCAUGGCUCAGGCCACAGCCGCACCGGGCGAUAUCUCAUCCGUAACAGCCAUCAUCUUGCUGUUCCAAAACCUCGGGGGCGCCUUCAUGCUCUCGGCGGCACACCCGGCUUUCGUCCGCACCAUGAUGCAGCGGUUGGCGAUGACGGCACCCUCGGUCGACCCUCUCCUCAUGCUCGGUACGGGCGCCACGCAGAUCCGCACUGUCGUCCCCCCCGAUGUCGUCCCGGGCGUCCUGGUCGCCUACAUGGCCGGCAUCCAGACCACAUUCGUCAUCGCCCUGGUCUCCGUUGGCCUCGCCGUCACCGUCGGAAUUUUCAGCAGGUUUAAGCGGCUUAAUAGCCGGACGCUGAAGGUGGUGGAUGAGGUGGUAUAGGGGGGCUUUGGCAAGGGGUUGUAUAAGGAGUUGGAUUACCUAGGUAAUCUAGAAUUCACGUUUGGUUGUCUCAUCUAAAUCCGUCAUUGUCUGGCUAA